AGCAAGGCCAUCGUGGACGGGAACCUGAAGCUGAUCCUGGGGCUGAUCUGGACGCUCAUCCUGCACUACUCCAUCUCCAUGCCCAUGUGGGACGAGGAGGACGAUGAGGAGACCAAGAAGCAGACGCCGAAGCAGCGGCUGCUGGGCUGGAUCCAGAACAAGCUGCCCGAGCUACCCAUCACCAACUUCAGCAAGGACUGGCAGAGCGGGCGGGCCCUGGGGGCCCUGGUGGACAGCUGUGCCCCAGGUCUCUGCCCUGACUGGGACUCCUGGGACGCCAGCAAACCCGUCAACAACGCCCGCGAGGCCAUGCAGCAGGCUGACGACUGGCUCGGCAUUCCCCAGGUCAUCACCCCGGAGGAGAUCGUGGAUCCCAAUGUGGACGAGCACUCGGUCAUGACCUACCUGUCCCAGUUCCCCAAGGCCAAGCUCAAGCCGGGUGCCCCUCUGCGCCCCAAGCUGAACCCCAAGAAGGCGCGAGCUUACGGCCCCGGUAUUGAGCCCACGGGGAACAUGGUGAAGAGAAAGGCCGAGUUCACCGUGGAGACCAUCAGUGCUGGCCAGGGCGACGUCCUGGUCUACGUGGAGGACCCAGCUGGGCACAGAGAAGAGGCCAAGGUCAUCGCAAACAACGACAAGAACCGAACUUUCUCUGUCUCAUACGUUCCCAAAGUGACAGGGGUCCACAAGGUGACGGUGCUGUUCGCGGGGCAGCACAUUGCGAAGAGCCCGUUCGAGGUGACGGUGGGGAAAUCGUUGGGCGAUGCUGGGCGGGUGACGGCCCAGGGGCCUGGCCUGGAGCCCACGGGCAAUAUUGCCAACAAGGUCACCUCCUUCGAGGUCUUCACGGCCGGCGCAGGGGCCGGCGAGGUGGAGGUGACGGUGCUGGACCCCAGCGGGCGGAAGGGGAUGGUGGAGCAGCAGCUGGAGGACAAGGGCGACAGCACCUUCCGGUGCACCUACCGCCCAGGCUCUGAGGGCACCUACACCGUCCACGUGACUUUCGGGGGCACGCCCAUCCCCCGCAGCCCCUACACCGUCGCUGUGGGGCAGGCCUGUAGCCCCAGCGCCUGCCGGGCCACAGGGCGAGGCCUGCAGCCCAAGGGGCUCCGGGUGAAGGAGCCGGCGGAUUUCAAGGUCUAUACGAAAGGCGCCGGCAGUGGGGAGCUCAAGGUCACGGUCAAGGGCCCAAAGGGGCCGGAGAGCGUGAAGCAGAAGGAUCUGGGCGAUGGGGUUUUUGCCUUCGAGUAUUUCCCCACCCUGCCCGGGAACUACACGGUCACCAUCACCUGGGGGGGGCAGCAGGUGCCACGCAGCCCGUUUGAGGUGAAGGUAGGCCCUGAGUGCGGCAGCCAGAAGGUCCGGGCCUGGGGGCCAGGGCUGGAGGGCGGCAUGUGCGGCAAGUCGGCUGACUUCGUGGUGGAGGCCAUCGGGGACGACGUGGGCACACUGGGGUUCUCAGUGGAGGGCCCGUCCCAGGCCAGGAUUGAGUGUGACGACCGGGGUGACGGUUCCUGCGACGUGCGCUACUGGCCCCAGGAGCCGGGCGACUACGCCGUGCACGUCCUGUGCAACGGGGCCGACAUUCGCCACAGCCCUUUCAUGGCCGAGAUCCGCCCCGCCCCCCGCGACUUGCACCCCGAGAAGGUGAAAGCCCACGGGCCUGGGCUGGAGAAGACGGGUGUCGCCAUCAACAAACCAGCCGAGUUCACAGUGGAUGCCAAGAACGGCGGGAAGGCCCCUCUCAAGGUCCAAGUGCAGGAUGCGGAGGGCAGCCCAGUGGAUGUGGCAGUGAAGGACAACGGCCAUGGCACCUACAGCUGCUCCUAUGUACCCAAGAAGCCGGUGAAACACACGGCCAUGGUGUCCUGGGGGGGCGUCAACAUCCCCAACAGCCCCUACCGCGUGAACGUGGGGGCCGGCAGCCACCCCCACAAGGUGAAGGUGUACGGCCCUGGCGUGGCCAAGACGGGGCUCAAGGCCCAUGAACCCACCUACUUCACCGUGGACUGUGCCGAGGCUGGGCAGGGUGAUGUGAGCAUCGGGAUCAAGUGCGCCCCAGGCGUGGUGGGGCCGGCUGAGGCCGACAUCGACUUCGACAUCAUCCGCAACGACAACGACACGUUCACCGUGCGCUACACGCCCCGCGGGCCUGGCACCUACACCAUCAUGGUGCUCUUCGCUGACCAGGCGACCCCCACCAGCCCCAUCCGCAUCAAGGUGGACCCAUCCCACGACGCCAGCAAGGUCAAGGCCGAAGGGCCUGGACUGAACCGGACCGGCGUGGAGCUGGGCAAACCCACCCACUUCACAGUGAACGCCAAGGCAGGGGGCCGGGCGCCGCUGGACGUGCAGUUCACCGGCCCAGCCAAGGGCGAGGCGGUGCGGGACUUGGAGGUGAUAGAUAACCACGACGGGACCCACACAGUGAAAUACACCCCUGUGCAGCAGGGUAACCUGGGUGUGGCAGUCACCUACGGCGGAGACCACAUCCUCAAAAGUCCCUUCAGCGUGGGCGUGGCCCCCAGCCUGGACCUCAGCAAGAUCAAGAUCACUGGCCUGGCUGACAAGGUUGAGGCGGGCAAGGACCAGGAGUUCACGGUCAAGUCCAAAGGGGCCGGCGGGCAGGGCAAGGUGGCUGCUCAGAUCACGGGGCCGGCGGGCAAGCCGGUGCCCUGCAAGGUGGAGCCAGGCCUGAGCCUUGACAACAAUGUGGUGAAAUUCAUUCCCCGCGAGGAGGGGCCCUACGAGGUGCAGGUGACCUACGAUGGAGCCCCCGUGCCCGGCAGCCCCUUCCCCAUAGAGGCGAUGCCCCCCACCAACCCCUCCAAGGUGAAGGCUUAUGGGCCAGGGCUGAAGGGCGGCCAGGCUGGCUCACCUGCCCCUUUCACCAUUGACACGAAGGGGGCUGGCACAGGGGGCCUGGGGCUGACGGUGGAGGGUCCCUGCGAGGCCAAAAUUGAGUGCUUGGACAAUGGGGAUGGCACCUGCUCUGUCUCCUACCUGCCGACGGAGCCAGGCGAGUACAACAUCAACAUCCUGUUUGCGGGCGCCCAUGUGCCCGGCUCCCCGUUCCGGGCGGCCAUCCAGCCCCGCUUCGACCCCUCCAAGGUGACCUGCUCGGGGCCGGGGCUGGAGCGGGCCACGGCCGGCCAGACGGGCCAGUUCCACGUGGACUGUUCACGGGCCGGCAGCGCCGAGCUCACCAUUGAGAUCAUCUCGGAGGGGGGGGCGCAGGCCGAGGUGCGGGUGCAGGACAACGGUGACGGGACCUACACCAUCGCCUACACCCCACUCUGCUCCGGCACCUACACCAUCACUAUCAAGUACGGCGGGCAGCCCGUGCCCCACUUCCCCAGCACGCUGCAGGUGGAGCCAGCCCUCGACACCUCCGGGGUCAAGGUCUACGGGCCCGGCGUGGAUGGUGACGGUGUGUUCCGGGAGGCCACGACCGAGUUCUGUGUGGAUGCCCGGGCGCUGGGCGUGUCCGGGGGACCCCACGUGAAGACCCGGGUGUCGAACCCCUCGGGGAACCUGACCGAGGCUCUUGUGCAGGACCUGGGCGAUGGCACCUACCGUGUGGAGUACACCCCCUACGAGGAGGGCGUCCACUCAGUUGAUGUGACCUACGAUGGGAGCCCCGUGCCCAACAGCCCCUUCCGGGUGCCUGUCACCGAGGGCUGCGAUCCCACCCGGGUCCGAGUGCACGGCCCAGGCCUCCAGAGCGGCACCACCAACCAGCCCAAUCGCUUCACCGUGGAGACCAGGGGUGCUGGCACCGGGGGCCUGGGCCUGGCCGUGGAGGGCCCCUCCGAAGCCAAGAUGUCCUGCACUGAUAACAAGGAUGGCAGCUGCUCGGUGGAGUACAUCCCCUACGAACCCGGCACCUACAGCCUGAAUGUCACCUACGGCGGGCACCAGGUGCCAGGGAGUCCCUUCCAGGUGCCAGUGCACGACGUGGUGGACUCGUCCAAGGUGCUGUGCUCGGGGCCAGGACUGACGCCAGGAGUUGUACGGGCCAGCGUGCCCCAGACCUUCUCCGUCGACACCAGCCAGGCAGGCGUGGCCCCCCUGCAGGUCAAGGUGCAAGGCCCCAAAGGCGUGGUGGAGCCGGUGGAAGUAGUGGAGAACAGUGACGGCACCCAGACGGUGAGCUACGUCCCCAGCCGCGAGGGGCCGUACAGCAUCGCCGUGCACUACGGAGACCAAGAAGUGCCGCGCAGCCCCUUCAAGGUGAAGGUUCUGCCCACGCACGACGCCAGCAAAGUGAAGGCCAGCGGCCCCGGGCUCAACACCACCGGGGUCCCUGCCAGCCUGCCCGUGGAGUUCACCAUUGACGCCAAGGACGCCGGCGAAGGUGGGCUGUCCCUGGCGGUUGAGGGCCCCUCCAAGGCUGAGAUCAGCUGCACCGACAACCAGGACGGCACCUGCAGCGUCUCCUACCUGCCAGUGUUGCCCGGUGACUACAGCAUCGUGGUGAAAUACAACGAGAAGCACAUCGCAGGCAGCCCCUUCACUGCCCGCAUCACCGGCGACGACACGCUGCGAAUGUCCCAGCUGAAGGUCGGGUCCUCGGCUGACAUCCCCCUGGACAUCGCGGAGACGGAUCUGAGCCAGUUGACAGCAACCGUCACCCCCCCGUCAGGGCGCGAGGAGCCCUGCCAGCUUAAGCGCCUGCGCAAUGGCCAUGUGGGUAUCUCGUUUGUGCCCAAGGAGGUGGGCGAGCACCUGGUGAACAUCAAGCGGAACGGGCAACAUGUUCCCAACAGCCCCAUCACGGUGACCAUCAGCCAGUCAGAGAUCGGUGACGCCAGCCGGGUCCGCGUCUCGGGGCCUGGCCUCAGCGAGGGGCGCACCUUUGAGCCGGCUGAGUUUCUCAUCGACACCCGGGAUGCAGGCUACGGCGGGCUCAGCUUGUCCAUCGAGGGCCCCAGCAAGGUGGAUAUCAACACAGAAGACCUGGAGGACGGGACUUGCCGCGUCACCUAUUGCCCCACGGAGCCUGGCAACUACAUCAUAUCCAUCAAAUUCGCUGACCAGCACGUGCCAGGGAGCCCCUUCUCAGUGAAGGUGACAGGCGAGGGACGGGUGAAGGAGAGCAUCACCCGGCGCCGCCGUGCCCCCCCUGUGGCCAACGUGGGCAGCGCCUGCGACCUCAGUCUCAAGAUUCCAGAGAUCAGCCUGGCGGACAUGACAGCCCAAGUGACGGGCCCCUCGGGGCAGCGGCUGGCGGCUGAGGUGCUGGAGGCGGAGAACAGCACCUAUUGCGUCCGGUUCGUGCCCACCGAGACGGGGGUGCACUCGGUCAGCGUCAAGUACAAGGGACAGCAUGUUCCUGGUAGCCCCUUCCAGUUCACUGUUGGGCCGCUGGGCGAGGGCGGCGCCCACAAGGUGCGGGCGGGGGGCCCUGGCCUUGAGCGGGCCGAGGCCGGCGUGCCAGCCGAGUUCAGCAUCUGGACGCGGGAGGCAGGCGCCGGGGGUCUCUCCAUAGCCGUCGAAGGGCCCAGCAAGGCUGAGAUCGCCUUCGAGGACAGGAAAGACGGGUCCUGCGGCGUGGCCUACAUCGUCCAGGAGCCCGGUGACUACGAGGUGUCGGUGAAGUUCAACGAGGAGCACAUUCCUGAAAGCCCCUUCGUGGUGCUGGCGGCAGCCCCCUGCCAUGACGCCCGGCGCCUGACUGUUACCAGCCUUCAGGAGUCAGGCCUCAAGGCCAACCAGCCAGCUUCCUUUGCAGUCAGCCUGAACGGCGCCAAGGGGGCGCUGGACGCCAAGGUGCACAGCCCCUCGGGCGCGCUGGAGGAAUGUCACGUCACCGAGAUUGAUGAAGAUAAAUACGCCGUGCGCUUCAUCCCGCGGGAGAACGGCGUCUACUCCAUCGACGUCAAGUUCAACAGCACCCACAUCCCCGGCAGCCCCUUCAAGAUCCGCGUUGGGGAGCCGGGCCAGGCAGGCGACCCAGGCCUGGUGUCUGCAUACGGCAAGGGCCUAGAGGGGGGCACCACCGGCAGCCCGGCGGAGUUCGUGGUGAACACGACCAACGCGGGGCCCGGGGCCCUGGCCGUGACCAUCGACGGCCCCUCCAAGGUGCAGAUGGACUGCCAGGAGUGCGCCGAGGGCUACAAAGUGACCUACACGCCCCUGGUGCCUGGCAGCUACCUGAUCUCCAUCAAGUACGGUGGCCCUUACCACAUCGCUGGCAGCCCCUUCAAGGCCAAGAUCACAGGCUCCCGCCUGGUGAGCAGCCACAGCCUGCAUGAGACGUCCUCUGUCUUCGUGGACUCAGCCGGGCGGGCGGAGGUGGCCGUGCUGCAGGGGGCGCCCCCCAAGUUUGCCUCGGACGCCAGCAAGGUGGUGGCCAAGGGUCUGGGGCUGAGCAAGGGCUUCGUGGGCCAGAAGAACUCCUUCACAGUGGACUGCAGUAAAGCAGGGAACAACAUGCUGCUGGUGGGCGUGCACGGCCCUCGCACACCGUGCGAGGAGAUCCUGGUGAAGCACCUGGGGAACCGGCUCUACAGUGUCUGCUACCUGCUGAAGGAAAAGGGCGACUACGUCCUAGUGGUGAAAUGGGGCGACCAGCACGUGCCCAACAGCCCCUUCCACGUCUCUGUGCCAUAGCCCCCCUGCCACCCGGACUCCUGGGUCCCCGCUGCCUGCUGGCCUUCCCCCCACCCCGGCGCCUGGGGGACCGCUGCCUUCGCCGCUUCGCCCAGUUAACCAGCCCCCUCCCCUGCCACCCCCUCCGGGUUAUUCAGUGUGGGUGAAUAUUUCUGUACAUGCUGCCCCCCGCCCCCCAGGGACGGGCAGUAAAGUGUUCUGCU